ACCGCACACGUAUUACUGAGUCUGGAUUCCUUUGAUUCAACCAGCCUGAAGAGUGAAGACUUUCGUCAAGGCCGCUGUUUCCUGGGCAAACGCUGACCGCUUUUGCACUUCUUACCAUAGGACUUUGCAUUAGGUAAGGGAGCGGGGCGAACCCGCUCCCUUCUCGCGGAGAAUGAUUUCUCAAUUCUAUAUUCUCUCGCCUAGAGGCGACGUGGUUAUUCGCAAGGACUAUCUUGGAGAUGUACCGCGAAGUAGCUCAGAGACAUUCUUUAGGAAUGCCAAGUUCUGGAAAGAGGGCGAUGGCGAGGCCCCUCCCGUCUUCAACGUUGACGGGAUUACCUAUAUGCACAUCAAGGAGGGCGGUGUGCAGCUGGUGGCAACAACACGGGCCAACCUGUCUCCCUCGUUCGUGCUGGAGUUCUUGAGACGCAUCUGCACGAUCGUGAAGGACUACUGCGGGUUCCUCAGCGAGGAUGCCAUCCGCAAGAACGUGGUCCUCAUCUACGAGCUGCUGGACGAGGUGGUGGACUACGGCUUCCCGCAGAACACAGCUACGGAGGCGCUGAAGCAGUUCGUCGUGAACGAGCCGACGGUGGUGACCCCCGCCUUCUACCAGGCGAAGCCACUUUUCAGCCUCAGCAAGGGGCCCACGGGCGUCUUCAAGAGCGUGCUGGAGACGAACCGAACAGACGGCAAGCGGCGGGACGAAAUCUUCGUGGACGUGGUCGAGCGGAUAACCUGCACCUUCAACGCCAGCGGCUACAUCGCCAGCGCGCAGGUGGACGGCGCCGUGCAGAUCAAGUCCUACCUGGCCGGCAACCCGCCCAUCAAGAUCAAGCUCAACGACGACCUGCUCAUCGGCAAGCGGGACGCGCCGUACGGCCACCUGGACGCGGCGGGCGGCGGGCGGGGCUUCGGGGACGGCGGGCACAUGGUGGUGCUGGACGACUGCAAUUUCCACGAGGUGGCCAACCUGGACUCGUUCGACGUGGACCGGACCAUCAGCCUGGUGCCGCCAGACGGCGAGUUUGCACUCAUGAACUACCGGACCACACACGGCUUCAAGCCGCCCUUCCGGCUGCACGCCACCGUGGAGCCCGACCCCAACUCUGAGUACAAGGCGCUGCUGACGCUCAAGCUGUGGUGCGAGGUUCCCUCGGACAAGGCAGCCAGUGGGAUGGAGGUGGAGAUCCCCACGCCACGUUACGUGCAGCGAGUGCACUGCGACCUGGACACCUCGGGCGGGGCCGGAGGCCCCGCCGGAGGCGGCGCCGGGGCCGGAGGCCUCACCGGCCGCGCCGGCCGCGCAGCGGCCGCCGCCGCUGCUGCAGGCGCGGCGCUGCAGGCGUGGGACUACAACGAGAAGACGCACCUGCUGCGGUGGAAGUUCAAGAAGUGCCCGGGGGGCAGCGAGUGGACGCUGCGGGCGCGGCUGACGCUGGAGAAGCCGUACAGCCCGGGGCUGCGGGGCGAGGUGGGGCCGGUCAACCUGCGCUUCACCAUCCCCAUGUACAGCGCAUCGCGCAUCGCGCUCAAGUACCUGCAGAUCCUGAAGAAGGCCGACAAGAACUACAACCCCUACCGCUGGGUGCGGUACGUGGCCUCGUCAAACUCGUACACCUUCCGUACGUAGUGUCAGGUGUAGUGCUUGUGGUGGUGGCGGUCGUGGCGGUGAAGGUGGGCCGGCGUUGGCAUGUGGUCGGUUUGACUUAUCACGAGGUUGCCGUUGUGGGGUCGCGUGGGGCGAGUGAGGGUGCUCAGGCGCAAAGCGGAGGUGGCGACAGGUUCUGCCGCCGGCGCUGCCGUUGUAGCUGCUGUGCCGUAUAGCGGCGAUGCAUAUGGCUAGAUAAAGACAGUUUGGUAUACGCGCAAGUCCGGCGACGAGGGGAGGCCGCUUCGGCCACCGAUAGCCCCCAUACUUGGCCCCGCUGACCGGCCCCAGGUGGUCACGCAUAGGCGAAGGCGUCCCGUUGCUGGACGGUGGCCGCUUGGUGCUGAUGAGGCGCGGCGCCUGGACGAGGGGGAACGGCCUGCAAGGGAGUGUCCGAGGGUGGGCCGGUUGCAGCUCGGGUUUAGGAGGCGUCAUGCAGAGUCAUGUGUUGUAGAGGAUGUGUGCCUGAUUGCGUUGGCAUUGGUUGUGCACACAGCGGAAGCAGAACGUGUGCCUCUGGCCUUGAUCACUUUUGCUCACGUCUUGGGGCGCACUGCGUAAUGACGGCACUGUUAUUGACGAGUGUUGCGGAACUAAUGCGUACGUAGACCAGAGCGGAAGGCGGAGUGGGCUUGCAGGCGGCACGAGAGUAGGCAGUCAGUAGCGCAAGUUGCGAAUUCACAUGUUACCUCGUAACCGACGGUAAACGCUGUGGACGGUCGCGCCCAUGGCUGGCUGACGGAAGGUGGCUGCUGUAUUGGGAUGGCUGGGCUGGACGACGCCGGCCGGGCUGGCGUUGGGACUACCAGAAAGGAUGCGCCCGAAACCAACCUGGAGAACACCAGCGCCACCGGUGCCCAGCACGACAUGUAAGGGAGGGAGGGAGGGACAGGAGGCGUGAUGCACUGCAGCGUAGAAGCUAUGGCGCGAGGCGCGAGGCAAGCAACGUCAACCCCAAAGCAACCGCGAGGACAUGGUGCGCAAGCCGGGCUGCGGGCUGUGGCUGUUAUGGCUGUGCGCUGCGCGGGGUGACUAAACGAAGAACAUGCUGGUGUGUCAAUCGGUAGUGUGGCAGCGCCUGGCCCAGCACCCGAUUGGAGAUCGCUACUGGAUAUGGCAGCACGUCAGCCACGCCAGCAUAGCGUCUGACAAUCCGGGGUCAUUGCGCAACUCUGUAACGCUCCUGCAAU